CUCAUUGUGCUUCUUGCUUACUUAAUGUGCUUCUUCCUCUGCCACCCAUAUAAGUUUUUUGCGCAAACUCUGUCCUAAACCAGGGCUUGAUGCUCUUUGUCUCUUGUCUCAAUCUUAUCCAAAUUCUUCCCUUCAAAUUUUUUCACUCUUUCCUUUCUUCACCACACCAUCUCUCUUCUCUGUACCGAAAUGGGUAUAAUCUUGAACCGAAAUGUGCAAUCUUUAUUGGUCCCGUCUUAAGAGUGGAUUCUUUUCCAUCUAUAUGCUCGAUUGGGUCAUCCGUUUUAAUCCCGUUUUCGUAACAGCUUGAUAUUUCUCUGUUGAUUUUAAUUCUUUUUGUAAAUUUUUUGCACUUUCAAGUUUUCUUUCUGAUAAGGGCGUAGAAAAAGGCUGCGACUUUUUCAAAGGGUUGAUUAGAAAUGGUGUCAGGGAGCGACCCAGUUGAGUCUUUUUUCAAUUCCGUUCAGGUUGUGAAGGAAUCGCUGUUGCCACUGGAAGUGGGUUUUCGGAAGGCGGCGAAGGAUCUUGAGCAUUGUUUGGCAGGGCCAAAGAACAAGGUCAAUGGUGUUUGUUUGAUUGCCCCACUGAGGGAAGGUUGUGAAUUUCAGAUCUGUGAUGUGAAGAAGAAGAAGGGGUUGUCAAUGAAGGUUCCUUUGAAGGCUUUCUGGGGCAUGUUUUCACAGAAUUCAGGGAAUGGUGGCGGCGGUAAUAGAGCUCAAGUGGGUAAAGAAGACGGGCCUUCAUGCACCAAUUGUUUGCAGUUUGCCGUGACUUGGUCCUUAUUGGUUAAUGGGUUCCUUCAGUCUCUGCCACUUCCUUUCAAAUCUGGAAAGAAAAAGUGUCAUAAAGUGUGUGAUGAAGAUAAGCCAAGUUCUUGCAUGAGGUCCACUGUUUCAUCAUGUGAUUUGAAGCAGGAUGAAUCCAAGGGGGUUCAGUUUGGUAGAGCAGUUUGGGAGAAGGGUGUGAAGAGGAAGGAUGGGAAGCAUGUUUCACUUGAUUGCGUUAUAGGUUUUAUUUUUGAUCAGUUAUCUCAGACUAUUCAGAGUCUUGAUCAUGGGGAGCAAGAAAAUCAUGAUGACCUGGACUCUGGGAAACCAUGUCUGCCCCAACCUUCUUUUCCUCAUUUUGGUAAUGUGAAUGCACUUACAGGUUUCUUGGAGGAACACAAAGUAUAUGUCAAUGGUUUCUUGGGGAAUUUGAGGUUUGCAAAGGUGGGUGGUGUACCAUCAACCGUGCCUGGAGAAGAAAGCCCUUCCACAAACGGGGAGGGAGACAGUAGCAAUAGUAAUAAUAAUAAUAAUGGUAAUGGUAGUGGUAAUAAUGAAAACAAGGAUGAAAACGGAGGAAAUUCGCCACAGAAGGUUGCCAGCAACAUAUUCAGUAUUCCCCUCUCAAAUGUGGAACGUCUAAAGUCUACACUUUCCACAGUUUCAUUGACAGAAUUGGCUGAACUGCUACCACAACUGGGAAAAACUUCUAAAGACCAUCCUGAUAAGAAGAAACUAAUCUCGGUGCAAGAUUUUUUUAGAUACACAGAGGCUGAAGGGAGGAGGUUCUUUGAGGAGUUGGAUAGGGAUGGUGAUGGCCAAGUAACUCUGGAAGAUCUAGAAGUAGAAAUGAGAAAACGAAAGCUGCCACGAAGAUAUGCUAAAGAAUUUUUGAGCCGUGCAAGAAGUCACUUGUUUUCUAGGUCUUUUGGUUUGAAGCAAUUCUUAUCAUUAAUGGAACAGAAGGAGCCAACAAUUCUUCGUGCAUAUACUUCUCUUUGUCUAAGCAAGUCAGGGACACUGAAGAAGAGUGAAAUAUUGGAAUCACUAAAGAACGCAGGACUCCCUGCAAAUGAAGACAAUGCUGUUGCUAUGAUGCGAUUUCUGAAUGCAGAUACAGAAGAAUCUAUUUCAUAUGGACAUUUCCGCAAUUUCAUGCUUCUGCUUCCGUCUGAUCGUCUUCAAGAGGAUCCAAGGAGUAUUUGGUUUGAAGCUGCAACUGUAGUUGCUGUUCCACCACCUGUUGAAAUUCCUGCCGGAAGUGUGCUAAGAUCUGCACUGGCAGGUGGCCUUUCCUGUGCCCUGUCUUGUGCUUUACUGCAUCCAGUUGAUACAAUUAAGACUCGAGUACAAGCAUCAACCAUGUCCUUCCCUGAAAUUAUAUCUAAGCUGCCAGAGAUUGGAAGGCGGGGUUUAUACAGGGGGUCAAUCCCUGCAAUUCUUGGACAGUUUUCAAGCCAUGGCUUGCGAACUGGGAUAUUUGAAGCAAGUAAAUUGGUGUUGAUAAAUGUUGCUCCAACACUGCCAGAACUCCAGGUACAAUCGAUAGCAUCAUUCUGUAGCACAUUUUUAGGAACAGCUGUGCGGAUCCCCUGUGAGGUGUUGAAGCAAAGGUUACAGGCUGGUCUUUUUGACAAUGUGGGUCAAGCUUUUGUUGCAACUUGGGAGCAGGAUGGUCUUAGGGGCUUCUUUCGUGGAACCGGAGCUACCCUGUGCCGUGAGGUUCCAUUUUAUGUCGCUGGCAUGGGGCUUUAUGCUGAAUCUAAAAAGGUUGUUGAACGUCUACUAGAGCGGGAACUGGGUCCCCUGGAAACAAUUGCUGUUGGAGCUUUAUCUGGCGGCUUGGCGGCUGUGGUGACAACACCGUUUGAUGUGAUGAAAACUAGAAUGAUGACUGCGCAAGGGCGGUCUGUGUCAAUGUCCUUGAUAGCCUUCUCUAUAUUGAAACAUGAGGGACCCCUUGGCUUGUUUAAAGGAGCAGUUCCAAGGUUCUUUUGGAUUGCACCUCUUGGUGCUAUGAACUUUGCAGGUUAUGAGUUGGCAAAGAAGGCUAUGAACAAAAAUGAGGAGGGCAAGGCAGGGAGUUCAGAUUAACAUCUUGAGAGCCAAAAUGUCUGGUGGAAUUUUUGAGUUUACUGCAGUGAUCAAUGGAAUAAGGUCAUUGAUGCUGCUCUCAAAUACACAUUUUAUUUCCUUUGUUCAUUUUCUACUUUUAUAAGAUUGUCCUUUGUAGCAGCAGAAUCAAAAAGUAUAUUCUUCCUAUAUUUGCAAACUAAAGCUUCAAUUUUAUUUCUUCC